CCCUCGUUUCGUUCGAAACUUUUUCGCGCGCUUUAUCGGGUCCGAGAAAUGGGCGGCGCCAUCGAACAUGUCUCUCUCCUCUCCAACCCCCUCCCACCUCUCUCGGAGUCAAUCCCCUUCAAAAUCGCCCCUUCCCCAUUCCCUUCCCCCUCUUUUCGAUCGAUCCCCCACUCUGAAACGAUCCCCUCUGACCCCCCCUUCUCUCGUUCUAGGGUUCGUUGGAUUCGGAGCUCGAUUGAGUUGGCGAUUGUUUUCUUGUUGGCAUUUCGCCGAACAGGUUGUUGGGAAUUAAGGUUAAUUUGUUCUUCUUCUUCUUCUCCUUCUUCUUCUUCUUUUUCUUCUUUCGGCUAUGAUUUGGGUGAUUUGGUGUGGGGAUUGAGUGAUUACGGGAAGAGACGAAAGGGUUGAGUUUAGGGUAUUGGAUGAGAGAUGAGCUGCUUCUCUUGUUUCACGUCGGGCGAGAAGAAGGCGAAGAAGAUCGGCUCGAAGAGGGAGGCGUCGACGGCGCCAGUGUUCGUCUCGAAGAGGGAGAGUGAAUUGCCCAAAAAACCUGAGAACCCUGUACAAAGGGCUUCACCAGAAAGAACAGCGAAAAGAGAAUCCGGCAAUGGGAACAUCGCUGCGCAGAUAUUUACAUUCCGAGAGCUCGCGACGGCUACAAAGAAUUUCCGGUCCGACUGCCUUAUUGGUGAAGGAGGUUUCGGAAGAGUUUACAAAGGGCGCCUUGCCAACACUAAGCAGGUUGUAGCUGUGAAGCAACUGGACAAGAAUGGCUUGCAAGGUAACAAGGAAUUUCUCGUAGAAGUUCUGAUGCUCAGCCUGCUGCACCAUCCCAACCUAGUCAAGCUUAUUGGAUAUUGCGCGGAUGGAGACCAAAGGCUUCUGGUUUAUGAGUACAUGCCCCUGGGUUCAGUUGAAGACCAUCUGCUUGAAAUUUCUACUGAUCAGAAGCCAUUAAGCUGGUAUUACAGAAUGAAAAUAGCUUUUGGUGCUGCUAAGGGCCUGGAAUACCUUCACGAAAAGGCUAACCCGCCUGUGAUUUACCGCGACCUUAAAUCGUCAAAUAUCUUACUCGAUGAAGAAUAUAAUCCAAAGCUUUCUGAUUUUGGGCUCGCCAAGCUUGGUCCCGUCGGAGACAAAGUGCACGUAUCCUCGAGGGUGAUGGGAACUUACGGUUACUGUGCGCCAGAGUAUGCAAGAGCCGGCGAAUUAACUGUGAAGUCGGAUGUAUAUAGCUUUGGAGUUGUCUUGCUUGAGCUAAUUACUGGAAGAAAAGCUAUUGACACCACUCGACCGGCCGACGAGCAGAUUCUUGUAAAUUGGGCACAACCCAUGUUCAAAGAGCAGAAGCGGUACAUCGAGCUCGUCGAUCCGCUCCUAGAAGGGGACUACCCGGAGAGGGGCCUGAAUCAAGCGGUAGCAGUGGCUGCGAUGUGCCUUCAAGAGGAGGCCUCCGUCCGUCCUUUAAUGACCGACGUCGUGGUGGCCCUGAGUUUCCUCACGGCGUCCUCCGUUGAUCACAACGGAACCUCGAUUCUUCAGUCUCAGUUCCAAACCUUAGAAGUUUCUAAUCAAAGUGAUGAUAGUAAGAGAGAAGAGGAGAGCGCCAUCGAGCGUGAGCGUGCCGUCGCGCAGGCCAUCGAAUGGGGCUCUAAUUCGAGACGCAACCAGAGAUCCCAGAAUGAAAGUGGUUUGUUGUGAGAUCCAAUCUUCGCAUUCUUUUUUUAUUGUAUUUAUUAUAGAACUACAGAAGCAGCAACAGCAACAGCAACAGCAAUGACAAUGUAGCCUUCCCCCGCAAUGCGCCGGGUGGCUAUGUGAAUAAUUUUCUU